GUACGGUCUGUACGAGUUUGUGGUACCGCGCAUCGAUGACUUGCUAGAUAGAGUGAAAGGGUGUCAGUACUUCAGUAAGAUAGAUCGGAAGUCCGGGUACCAUCAGAUUGCAAUCCGGCCCGAGGAUCAACACAAAACCGCUUUCCAGACCAGGUACGGUCUGUACGAGUUUGUGGUGAUGCCUUUCGGCCUUUGCAAUGCUCCUGGCACCUUUCAGCAUGCUAUGACUCGGAUAUUUCAUGACUACUUGGAUAAGUUUGUCACCGUGUACCUCGAUGACAUACUUAUUUUUAGUAAGACUGUCGAGGAGCACGUUGCGCACUUGGACAAAGUUCUGAGUCUUCUGCGACAACACAAGUUCAAGAUCAAUGGUGAGAAGUGCGAGUUUAGCCGCACCCGUGUCUUGUACUUGGGUCAUGAGAUUUCCCCGGAGGGAUUAAAGCCCGAUGACGCAAAGGUGGCCAACAUUCGUGAUUGGCCGCGUCCUCAGCCUGUGACUGAGAUGAGGUCUUUCUUAGGGAUGACCGGCUACUAUCGCAAUUUCGUGAAGAACUAUAGCAUAGUUGUCGCCCCUUUGCCCGACCUGACUCGCCUUGACACCCCAUGGGAGUGGACGGACAAAUGCGAGGCUGCUUUCAGACAUCUGAAGCAUGCGUUGACACAUCACGAGGUCUUGAAACUUCCUGAUCCUGACAAGCCAUUUAUGACAUCAGGAAACCAUCCGGAGGCGAAUGGACAAGCAAAACAGUUGAACCGCGCUGUACAACACCUGCUGAGGCAUUACAUCAAGCCAAAUCAGGUAGAUUGGGAUGAGAAACUUGCUCUCAUUGCCAGCCUGUACAACAAUGCGAUCCACAGUGCAACGGGCAUGAAUCCGAAUAGUCUGCUAUUAACUUUUAAGCCUAGACUGCCCUUGGAUUUCUUACUACCUGAGAACCAGCCCCCUGCUGCACCUGGGACUUUAGAGUUUGUUUAUCGAUAUGAGCAGCUGAUGCAGCAGGCUGUUGAGCAGAUGCACAAAGCACAGGCGGUGAUGAUAGAAUCCGAAAACAAACACCGCCGCCCAUCCAUGUUUCAGGUAGGAGAAAGAGUCUGGGUCAAGUCCUCAGAACUGGGACAGGAGCACGGGAUCUCCCGCAAGCUCAUGCCACAGUACUUUGGACCAUGGGAGAUUCUGGAUGUUGUUGGGAACGAACCAGAUGGGCCGUCUUAUGUUGUUCGUAUCCCUGGUCACUUAUGCACUUACCCUGUUUUCCACGCCUCAAAGCUUGCACCUUUUAAGGAAACAGAUCAGUUUCCAUCUUGUCGCUCAAUGCUGCCCCCAACCAUGGAUGGAGAGGUCGACAUCGAUGAUAUUGUUGACCAUUGGGAGAUGCCAGUUUCAAGACUAACAGGCAGAGGACGUCCUCCGAAACCGAAGCUGCAGUAUCGAGUUCGGUUCAGACAUCACACUGAUCCAAAGGAGGACAGAUGGUUCACAAGGGAGGAACUGAUGCAGACCGCUCCACAGGUAGUUGCCCACUAUGAGACGUCUUUACGGAAAGGAAAGCGCCAGAUUAUCGAAGACUGAACUUCUCAGAGGACUAGCGAAGUAUGGAGGAGGGAAUGCGAGGCACAAGGCCUCGAUAAGCCCCACUGGGCCCUAUUUGCAACAGCGUC